CUGUCAUAGCUCUAGGGCUCGGUAUGGACAAUAAACUUGAUUAAAUAAUAAUAAAGAGUAUGGAUGCUUACUAAGUAGAUUUGGAUAUGCUCUGCACGCACCCUGAUUAUCGUGGCCGAGGCGCUGGAAAGAUGCUUGUGGCUUGGGGCUGUGAACAGGCGGAUAAGGAUCGCGUCGCUGCGUAUGUGGAUGCGAGUCGUGAUGGGCGCCCGUUGUAUGCGCGGUAUGGGUUUGAGGAUCGGACGAUUGAUGAGCACAGGGCCGAGGGGAUCACCUCUAUGGUGAGGGAGCCAAGGUCGUGAUAUCUAUCGACAUAGUUCUCGGAGAGAAGGACGAGGUGACAUGGGCAUCCUAUUUUUAGCAGACAUGAUC